UAUUCCACAAAUUACGUCAUCGGGUAUUGUGAGGUUAUUGUAAACUUUGAGGUGCAAGGCUCGUCAGAUACCACAACUAUUCACUCGUUUCAUAAAAUUGGUUUUACACGGGAGCUCAUUUAGUAAACACUAUACCUCUAGACGUGGGGACACUGACUGGUAACACUAUACCUCUAGACAUGGAGACACUGACUGGUAACACUAUACCUCUAGACGUGGGGACACUGACUGGUUACAAUAUACCUCUAGACAUGGAGACACUGACUGGUAACAAUAUACAUCUAGACAUGGAGACACUGACCGGUAACAAUAUACCUCUAGACAUGGAGACACUGACUGGUAACGCUAUGCCUCUAGACGUGGAGACACUGACUGGUAACACUAUACCUCUAGACACGGGGACACUGACUUGUAACAAUAUACGUCUAGACACGGGGACACUGACUGGUAACACUAUGCCUCUAGACGUGGGGACACUGACUGGUAACACUAUACCUCUAGACACGGGGACACUGACUUGUAACAAUAUACCUCUAGACACGGGGACACUGACUGGUAACACUAUACCUCUAGACGUGGGGACACUGACUGGUAACACUAUACCUCUAGACACGGGGACACUGACUGGUAACACUAUGCCUCUAGACGUGGAGACACCGACUGGUAACACUACACCUCUAGACAUUGAGACACUGACUGGUAACACUAUACCUCUAGACACGGGGACACUGACUGGUAACACUAUGCCUCUAGACGUGGGGACACUGACUGGUAACACUAUGCCUCUAGACGUGGGGACACUGACUGGUAACACUAUACCUCUAGACAUUGAGACACUGACUGGUAACGCUAUACCUCUAGACAUGGAGACACUGACUGGUAACACUAUACCUCUAGACGUGGGGACACUGACUGGUAACACUAUGCCUCUAGACAUGGAGACACCGACUGGUAACACUAUACCUCUAGACAUGGAGACACCGACUGGUAACACUAUACAUCUAGACGUGGGGACACUGACUGGUUACACUAUACAUCUAGACGUGGAGACACCGACUGGUAACACUAUACAUCUAGACGUGGGGACACUGACUGGUAACACUAUACCUCUAGACGUGGAGACACUGACUGGUAACACUAUACCUCUAGACGUGGGGACACUGACUGGUAACACUAUACCUCUAGACGUGGAGACACCGACUGGUAACACUAUGCCUCUAGACGUGGAGACACUGACUGGUAACACUAUACCUCUAGACGUGGAGACACCGACUGGUAACACUAUACAUCUAGACGUGGGGACACUGACUGGUAACACUAUACCUCUAGACGUGGGGUGAACAUUGUCCGAAUGUAUUUA